AAGGUUGGUGCGACUGUUUGUCUGGAAGCUAACUGAAACACCAUGUCAUAUUUAUAAAAGUAACUCGAAUUCACUCUAAUUACAGCGAAAAUGUGCUUCUUUUUUGUCAAUGAAAUUUCAUACAUGAGGUUGUGGGUCUACGUUCAGCCUAAAAUUCAAUUUCCCGUUCAAGUCCAAAAACUGUGGACCUUUCAAUUAUGUGCGAAGGAGAAAGAGAAAAUAACUAUUCCACAACAGCAAAAAAAAAAUCAUUUCAAAAAAAAAAAAAAAAAGCUAAAAGGUCCAUGAUCAUGAUGUCAUGAAAAACCUUCGUCGUCGGGUCCAAAUAACGUCACAGACAUAAAAGGUGAAGAGCAGGUCUUUGCGAGGCAGGGCAGACAUGAACACAAGAGGUUCACCAUAGCUUGGCCAGCACUUGACGGACCCCGCGAACGGCCGUUCAAAAUAACCGGACGGUAACUUUGUCGUACCGUUCCCGGAUUUGAUUACGCGGAGCACCGAAGGCGGAUAUCCGCCGACGGCGUUCCACUUGCUUUUUCCGGCCGGGAACGCGGAAUUUCGGGCUCGACAGGACCGCAACGCAAGAAGUCUGCCGAUUUAUCCGAGCGCGCUGUAUUUUGUUUUUAAAUCGCACUGAUCCCAGAGCCAGCGGCUUCUUCGCUUUCAAUCGCGCGUCACUAGUGCGUCAUGACUCGACGCAGAAAGUGAAAUCGGCAAUAUUUCGGAACGUGGCAAUGGCCGCCCACGACGUACGAGUCUGUGCGACGGUAAGCUAGCCGGCUAAGCUAGCCUUAGCUAGAGCUAACUUCGGCGCGUUUGAGCGAGGACGACGCGAAGCCGGGGACUCUCCACAUGGAAGCAGGAAGAGGGCGCGAUUCCGGUGCCUCUUUUGAGGCCGUGCUGGACAAAAAGUUACUCAGUGUGACCAACACAAUGGAUUCCAUUCAAGGGCUGUCAGCGUGGUGCAUCGAGUACAAGAAGUACCACGGCAUGAUAGUGCGACAGUGGAUCAAGUGCUUAAAGAAAUCUGCCACCGCACACAAGCUCAACCUGUUUUACCUCGCCAACGAUGUCAUUCAGAACUGCAAAAGGAAAAACGCUAUGGUUUACCGUACCGCAUUUGCUGAUGUGCUCCCCGAGGCUUUUGUGCUGAUCAAGCAAGAAGGUGAUGCAAAGGUGGUGAAAUCGGCGCAGAGGAUACUGACCAUCUGGCAGGAGAGAAGCGUGUAUCCCGACGCUCUGAUUGCCGAGCUCAAGGCAGGCUUGGUCAAGGAGGAGUCUCCGCCGGCGACGCCCGCCGAGCAAAAAACUCCGGUUGAGUCCAAGGCAGAUCUGCGGUCCAAGAUUGUCGCAGAAUUUGUGCCCCAGUCCUUGAUCGACCACCUGUCCAAGUACAAGAGGUCGUUGGAGGAUGUGGACCUUCGAGAAAAGCAAUUAGCAGCGAUGAGGGUCGACAUCUGCAGUUCCGAAGCCCUCAAGAAGCUCAAAGAUAAGGCGGGAGGAAAGAAGUUCUCCCGGGACUUUGAAGAAGGCAAUACUCAGCUGCAAGAGUUUGUCAAGUUCUUCGACAGACAAAACAAAACCGGGCCGCUUCUCCUGGAAGCCCUGAGCAACGCCGAUAUCUUCUACGAGAUGCAGUACAAAGAGGUCAAGAUCGUUGCCAAUGCCUACCAGACGUUCGCGAACCGAGUGUCCCACCUGAAACGCAAGCUGGACAACCUCAAGGCCACCUUGCCGGACCUGGACGACUCGCCGAUCCCUUCGCCCUCCGCCGACGCGCCAUCGCCGACGGGGUCCGAAUCGCCUUUCCGCGACCUCGACCCGGCCGGGCGUCUUCCGGAGCCGGACGCCGCGGCUAUGGAGGAUGAAACGGAACCUCCGGCCCCGAGCCCUCUGUCUUCGAUCGGAGAUUCACCAAAGCGCGUGUCAAAUCUCGCCGACGAUAACGUGAACCGGGAAGUGGAAGAUAUGGAGCUGUCUGACGACGAAAUCGUUAGCGGUAACAUCAUAGUUGAGGAGCAAAUGAAGAGCCCCGGCCCAAAAGUUGAGACGCCCCAUCCCGUGACCCAAAACACCGAGCCAUCGGCACCAACGGCGCAGCGCGCCUCAUCUGAGGCGGCAGCAAGUUUGGAUACUGUUGACCUGGGGAAAAUAGGCUCCAUCCUCAGCAGUUUGAAUGCAGCCAUGAAAGGCACAGGACCACCGGCGGAGAGUCCGUCUGCGACCAAGCCCUUCUCGUCAACGGAGACGUUACGUCCUGCCUCUGAGGAGGCCACUUCUUUGGUUGACAUCUUGGCAAAGGUGGACAUGAGUCCUGCCGAUCUCCUGAGUGCUCUGUCUAAAGUCCAAGCCCAAGGUGGCCUUGAAGGCAUCGCUUCUCUGCUGAGCAGCCCCACCGCAAAUGUCCCAGCAGAGUCUUCCAAUGCGGGCGAGGCAUCGGCAUCGGCAUCGGCUUCGGCUUCGGCUUCAGCAGCUCCCGAUCGGAGCGCCGCGGCCUCCCCCGCCGCACCGGCGCCCUCUUUGCUGUCAGACGCCACCAUACAGCGGAGCGCUGCUGCGCUAAUGCUCCCCGAGAGCGGGCCACCCGCUGCCCCGGCGCAGGACGGACCCAGCGAAACAGCUUGGACGGCCGACGUGGCAAAACCAGACAGCUUGGAAUCCAAAAUUCACAAUUUCCUGCACGGCAAUCCCGCUUUCAGCCACUUUGACCUGAGUUUCGCCCUGAACCUGCCCAAUCGGGCCGACAACUCGAGCCCCGUCGCAGGAGCCGACACGCGGGAUGGGACACCGGUGCGCGACGAAGGCGGAGGCACCCCCACCCAAGACGAGGUUAUGGACGUGACGAUGGGGCUGCCCGAAUCCCUGAGCGCAAAGCCUGAAAGUGGGAUGCCAGCUCCCUUUGCCUUCCAGGAAAAUCCCCCCCGCAACCCGGGGGCCGGCGCCUUGCAAGGCUCCUUGCGGCCAGCUCAGAACGGACAGCUGUACCAAGCGUACCCAUACGGCGAGGAUAAGGUGUCGGAUCCUGCCGCGCCAUAUCCGCCCGUUUCUACUCCGGGCGGAGGUGCCGGGGCCGGCACGCAGACCGUGGAGGGCUUCCGGGGGCCGAGCGACCCGGCUUGGUAUGGUGAGACGUACCCAGAGGGGGGCUUCCAGCAACCCACGGCCUACAAUGCGCAGAUGCCCGCCGCCAACCAGGCGACCGGGCCCUUUGAGUACCCAACACAAGAAACUGCGGAACCUGCGGGCUUUCAGCAACCUUCAAACUUCUUCUGCAAUCUCCUUCCGCCUGUGCCCAAGUUACCACCCCCGCCGAACAUCCUCGCGGCAGGUUCGGGAACCGGCCAUGCCCCCGAACAGCAGCCAGCGCCCCACGCGGACGUCGGCCAAGCCGGUCAGAGCGGAGGUUUGCCCGGGAUGGUGGUCCACGACCACGGACACAAGUCGGUUUUCCGUCCGCAGGAGUCGUUGUACGAUGGCGGCGAUGAGCCGCACUCGGCCCCAAACAACUUGCGUUACCCAGAAGACCGAGAGCAUUACCACGACGAUGUGCACCAGCAGCCCGGCCCUCGCUUUCACGCCAGCCCUUACAACCGCCUUCAGGCCCCUUUCUACCAACGGGGCGGCCCUCGACAUAACCUCCCCAGAGGCAGGGCCCGCUUUGCUUCUCCGCCCUCGCCCUCACCGGAUGCUUUCGGCAAUCCGGAUUACCAAAGCCCCCCCCGCCCCCACUUUGCGCUCAGGCGGCCGCCGCCGCCCUCCCAUUUGCAGAUGCGCCCCUCUGGCUUGCGACCUCUGCCUCGGCCUCCCCACCCUGGCCUUUCCCACCCGUUUCCCAGGGGCCCCCCACGGGCACCGUUCCCUACUUUUCAUGGGCCUGACCCAAGACUCAGGGGCAAACGUCCGGGUCCCAGGGGAGGUCCAAAUCCCGGACCCGUGUUUGCACCCAAAAGACCUUUCCCACCCCCGCACUACUGACUGUGCUACUGCAAGCGAGGUCCGUUUCCUGCAUUUGGAGAGCCAAUAUGAAAUGGCUGAAGGGGGCAGUCACUCAGAGACCGACGAAGCGACGGUGAAGCAACAAUCGUGCCCAAAUCCGAAAAAAAAGACUGGCAACCAGAGCCACCGACUCCACCGGGGAAGAAAGCAGAAGCUCCCAGAAGAGUGCUGAAGACAGAAGAGUCAAGAAAAUGAGAGGUGGAUAUAUAUAUACAUACAUACAUACAUACAUACACAUUUUUUCUCCACAAUUUGGAGCUUUUCAGUCAUCAACCGUCAACGUUUGAUACGGUUCGGUGUGUGUGUGUGUGUAUGUGUGUGCGUGUGCGCUCGUGCACGGUAUGCAAUCGUCAUGCAUACGAAGCCACAGAACGUUCCUCGUCUUGAGUCAUUUGAAUCCGGGCAGUGUCAGAAGGAUGCGCUUGACGCUUUAGUUCUGCUGCCAUUUGGUUUCCGCUGAGCAGUUCUCACUGCUUCAUUUCAUAACCAGCACCCAUUGGAGUUCCCUGUUGGAGUGAAAACGAUUUUGAGUUUGAUUUCUUUUAUUUUUUUUUGGACAGGCCUCCCAAUACACGAUAGCUAUUUGGCACUUGGAGCUAGCUCUGUUUCUACUUGUGAAGCCGCGGUCUCCCCGUACUAGUUUCUCUGCGUCGAGAGCGGCCCCCCUUUCCACUUAACCGUAAAAGGAUGCGUCGGAGUGAGAGCCUUCUUUCGCCCUCCCGCCCGACGCAGAACCUUUUGGAGGGGGGGAGGGGGCGGCGAAGAUGCUUCAGUUUCAUUUCAUUUGUACUGUGUAAUAAAAGUUUGAUUUGGAAA